AUGCGUUUGAAAGCAAGGACAAAUUCAACCAAUGCGGAAGACAUGCACAUGUUUUCUGAAUGUAUUUUAGAAGUUGGAGAUGGAAAGAUAUCUAAACCAAAUGAUGGAUAUGCUGAAAUAACUAUUCCACCUGAGUUACUUCUGACUGAUUUUGAGGACCCUAUCGAGCAUACUAUUACAAGUACUUAUCCUAAUAUCCUUGAAAAUUACACAAAUACAUUUUUUCUUAAAAGUAGAGCUAUUUUAGCAUCAACCAUGGAGAUUGUGGAUGAAAUAAUUGAUUAUAUAAUAAAUCUUCUCCCAGGUGAUGCAAAAGAAUUUUUGAGUAAUGACUCAAUUGACAUAUCCGAAGCAAAUGACAAUGAUGGUUUUGAGCAUUUAACUCUUGAAUUCUUAAGUUGUUUGAAAACUUCUGGAUUGCCAAAUCAUUCAAUGAAGAUAAAAAUUUGGACAUGUAUCAUGUUGAUAAGGAAUUUGGAUCAAUACGAAGGAUUUUGUAAUGGUACAAGAUUGACGAUAACUAGACUAGUAAAUCAUGUCAUCGAAGCCAAGAUUAUUUCAGAUACCCAUGUUAGAAAUACUAUUUACAUCCAUAGAAUGUUUUUAUCUCCUUCUCAAUCUCCUUGGUCAUUCAAACGUAUUCGAAAACAGUUUCCAAUUAUUAUUUCAUUUGCGAUGAUAAUAAACAAAUCUCAAUGA